AUUAUCCAGGACGAGGUGUGAGCUUUUUUUUCGUCGUGCGUGUUACCACGACGGCGUGAUGUGUUCUUGCGGUGCGUUGCUGCUACUUUGUUGCUUAUUCUUGGUGCUGGUAGGCCACCGUUGCGAGGAAAAUGUCACCAGCGUCACGGAAGAGAACGCGUUAGCGAAAUUGGUCAAAAUGUUUUCGAAGCCCGGAGCAUUCAAACGAAUCAACGCAAUACUCGGUGAAAAUUCGAUCGAGGAAUCGUUCACGUCCUGCCCGAAAGGCGAGGAGGGUCUUGAAUGCAGAAGAGCCGAGGCCAGACGAUCCGUCGAUUGUCCUCAAGGUGACUGUUACUGCUACAAUUGUGCCGCAGCUGGUCCUGAAUUAUGGGCCUCCUGUUGCCGUGAAAGCUUGCGAUGCUGUUCACAUCUCGCAGCAGCCUGCAGAACCUGCGACCAUCCGACGUUGUAUUCGUUUUGCUCAAAACACUUCAAAAAGUGUCUCACCGAGAUCAACGAAAAGAAACAAAAUUAAUCAACGAUCCUCUAUGCGUUUACGUAAAAAUUAUAAAAAUUUUCGCAAAAUUUUUAAAUGGGGAUAAAAAUUCAGUUCCAGGAAAUGGUCAAAACGUACGAAAAAUGGGGCAACAGGUUAUAUGCAUAAUGGUACUUUCUAAACUUUAAACCAGAAACAUGUGAGAGAGACGUAUCUUUGUUCGUUGGGACAUUCUCUCUCUCUCUCUCUAAACGGUAAUAGAAUCUUGGCCGCGGCACGUUUAUGGCGCUUUUACACGAGACGAAUAAAUCUGGGAAAUGAAUAGUAGAAAAUGGUAAAACACGACAGAGAACGAGCAAGUUUCGGUGACAAGCUGAACUCAAUCAGUAUCUUGCAUAAGUUGAAAGUUUUACGUCGAGUUUCUAAAUAUAGCGCUUAUCUUUCAACCCGCUAAACUGGUCCCCGAUUCAUUUUUUGCCACACGUUACAUUUCGCGCCGGACAGGGCGACGCGAGAGACACCCCGCGAUUAAAUCGUGCAGUACCUGAGAGAACUCGCGUGCUUCUUUUCGCGAAACGAACACUACACAACGUCGAUGACGAUGGAAGAAGAUAAAUGGCACAUUUGUCACGGAGA